GUGUUCGAGUGGACAAAAUGGCGAAGAUCGCCAAGACUCACGAAGAUAUUGAAGCACAGAUUCGAGAAAUCCAGGGCAAGAAGGCAGCUCUUGAUGAAGCCCAAGGAGUGGGCCUUGAUUCCACAGGUUAUUAUGACCAAGAGAUUUAUGGCGGAAGUGAUAGCAGAUUUGCUGGAUACGUGACAUCAAUUGCUGCAACUGAACUUGAAGAUGAUGACGAUGACUACUCAUCAUCUACAAGUUUGCUGGGUCAGAAGAAGCCUGGAUAUCAUGCCCCUGUGGCAUUGCUUAAUGAUAUACCACAGUCAACAGAACAGUAUGACCCGUUUGCUGAACAUCGUCCUCCAAAGAUUGCAGACCGGGAAGAUGAGUACAAAAAGCAUAGGCGGACCAUGAUAAUUUCCCCAGAGCGUCUUGAUCCUUUUGCAGAUGGAGGGAAGACCCCUGACCCUAAAAUGAAUGCCAGAACUUACAUGGAUGUUAUGCGGGAACAACAUCUGACUAAGGAAGAGAGAGAAAUUAGGCAACAACUAGCAGAAAAAGCUAAAGCUGGAGAACUAAAAGUCGUCAAUGGGGCAGCAGCAUCCCAGCCCCCCUCAAAACGAAAGCGGCGCUGGGAUCAGACCGCUGACCAGACUCCUGGCGCCACUCCCAAGAAGCUGUCAAGUUGGGAUCAGGCAGAGACCCCUGGGCACACCCCUUCUUUAAGAUGGGACGAGACACCAGGUCGUGCAAAAGGAAGUGAAACACCUGGAGCAACCCCAGGUUCAAAAAUAUGGGAUCCUACACCUAGUCAUACACCUGCGGGAGCCGCUACUCCUGGACGAGGCGAUACGCCAGGCCAUGCAACCCCAGGCCAUGGCGGUGCAACUUCCAGCGCUCGUAAAAACAGAUGGGACGAGACCCCCAAGACAGAAAGAGAUACUCCUGGGCAUGGAAGUGGAUGGGCUGAGACUCCUCGAACAGAUCGAGGUGGAGACUCUAUCGGGGAAACACCAACUCCUGGAGCAAGUAAAAGAAAGUCUCGUUGGGAUGAAACACCAGCUAGUCAGAUGGGGGGAAGCACUCCUGUUCUGACUCCAGGAAAAACCCCAAUCGGCACACCAGCCAUGAACAUGGCUACCCCCACUCCAGGUCACAUAAUGAGCAUGACUCCUGAACAGCUUCAGGCUUGGCGAUGGGAGAGAGAAAUUGAUGAGCGAAACCGCCCACUUUCUGAUGAAGAAUUAGAUGCUAUGUUCCCAGAAGGAUAUAAGGUCCUUCCCCCUCCAGCCGGUUAUGUUCCUAUUCGAACUCCAGCUCGGAAGCUGACAGCAACUCCCACACCUUUGGGCGGUAUGACUGGUUUCCACAUGCAAACUGAGGAUAGAACGAUGAAAAGUGUUAAUGACCAGCCGUCUGGGAACCUGCCAUUUUUAAAACCUGAUGACAUUCAGUACUUUGAUAAACUAUUGGUUGAUGUUGAUGAAUCAACACUUAGUCCAGAAGAGCAGAAAGAGAGAAAAAUAAUGAAGUUGCUUUUAAAAAUUAAGAAUGGUACACCUCCAAUGAGAAAGGCUGCUUUACGUCAGAUUACUGAUAAAGCUCGAGAAUUUGGGGCUGGACCUUUGUUUAACCAGAUUCUUCCUCUGCUGAUGUCUCCUACACUUGAGGAUCAAGAGCGUCAUUUACUUGUGAAAGUUAUUGAUAGGAUAUUGUAUAAACUUGAUGACUUAGUACGGCCAUAUGUGCACAAGAUUCUUGUGGUCAUCGAGCCGCUGCUGAUUGAUGAAGAUUACUAUGCCAGAGUGGAAGGCCGAGAGAUUAUUUCUAACUUGGCAAAGGCUGCUGGUCUGGCUACUAUGAUUUCCACCAUGAGACCUGAUAUAGAUAACAUGGAUGAGUAUGUCCGAAACACAACAGCUAGAGCUUUUGCUGUUGUAGCCUCUGCCCUGGGCAUUCCUUCUCUAUUGCCCUUCUUAAAAGCUGUGUGCAAAAGCAAGAAGUCUUGGCAAGCCAGGCACACUGGUAUUAAGAUUGUACAACAGAUAGCUAUUCUUAUGGGCUGUGCUAUCUUGCCACAUCUCAGAAGUUUAGUUGAAAUCAUUGAACACGGUCUUGUGGAUGAACAGCAGAAAGUUCGGACCAUCAGUGCUUUGGCUAUUGCUGCUUUGGCUGAAGCAGCGACUCCUUAUGGUAUCGAAUCGUUUGACUCCGUGCUCAAGCCUCUAUGGAAGGGUAUCCGCCAACACAGAGGAAAGGGUUUGGCCGCUUUCUUAAAGGCUAUUGGGUAUCUUAUUCCUCUUAUGGAUGCAGAAUAUGCCAACUACUAUACCAGAGAAGUGAUGUUAAUCCUUAUUCGAGAAUUCCAGUCUCCAGAUGAAGAAAUGAAGAAAAUUGUAUUGAAGGUGGUGAAACAGUGUUGUGGAACAGAUGGUGUAGAAGCAAACUACAUUAAAACAGAAAUUCUUCCGCCUUUCUUUAAACACUUCUGGCAACACAGAAUGGCUCUGGAUAGAAGAAAUUACCGACAGUUAGUUGAUACCACUGUGGAGUUGGCAAACAAAGUGGGAGCAGCAGAAAUUAUAUCUAGGAUUGUGGAUGAUCUGAAAGAUGAAGCUGAGCAGUACAGGAAAAUGGUGAUGGAGACAAUUGAGAAAAUUAUGGGCAACCUAGGUGCAGCAGACAUUGAUCAUAAACUGGAAGAACAACUGAUUGAUGGCAUUCUUUAUGCUUUCCAAGAACAGACUACAGAGGAUUCAGUAAUGUUGAAUGGCUUUGGCACAGUAGUUAAUGCUCUUGGCAAACGAGUCAAACCGUACUUGCCUCAGAUCUGUGGUACUGUUUUGUGGCGUUUAAAUAACAAAUCAGCAAAAGUUAGGCAACAAGCAGCUGACUUGAUUUCCAGAACUGCUGUUGUUAUGAAGACUUGUCAAGAGGAAAAACUGAUGGGGCACUUGGGUGUGGUGCUGUAUGAAUAUUUGGGUGAAGAAUACCCUGAAGUAUUGGGCAGCAUUCUUGGAGCACUGAAGGCCAUUGUAAAUGUAAUAGGUAUGCAUAAGAUGACACCACCAAUUAAAGAUCUCUUGCCUAGACUCACACCCAUCUUAAAGAACAGGCAUGAAAAAGUACAAGAGAAUUGUAUCGACCUUGUUGGACGCAUUGCUGACAGGGGAGCUGAAUAUGUGUCUGCAAGAGAGUGGAUGAGGAUUUGCUUUGAGCUUUUAGAACUCUUAAAAGCUCACAAGAAAGCUAUUCGAAGAGCUACUGUCAACACUUUUGGUUACAUUGCAAAGGCCAUUGGCCCUCACGAUGUACUGGCUACGCUUUUAAACAACCUCAAAGUUCAGGAAAGGCAGAACAGAGUGUGUACUACUGUAGCCAUUGCCAUUGUUGCGGAGACGUGCUCACCCUUCACAGUACUCCCUGCUUUAAUGAAUGAAUACAGAGUUCCUGAACUCAAUGUUCAAAAUGGAGUGUUAAAAUCGCUCUCCUUCUUGUUUGAGUAUAUUGGUGAAAUGGGAAAAGACUACAUCUAUGCUGUGACGCCUUUACUUGAGGAUGCGUUAAUGGAUAGGGACCUCGUGCACAGACAGACAGCUAGUGCAGUGGUACAACACAUGUCUCUUGGUGUGUAUGGGUUUGGCUGUGAAGACUCUCUGAAUCACUUACUGAACUAUGUAUGGCCUAAUGUGUUUGAGACAUCUCCCCAUGUAAUCCAGGCAGUUAUGGGAGCUCUGGAGGGCCUGAGAGUGGCUAUUGGACCAUGCAGAAUGCUGCAGUAUUGCUUACAGGGUCUCUUUCACCCAGCUCGGAAAGUCAGAGAUGUGUAUUGGAAAAUUUACAACUCCAUCUACAUUGGCUCCCAGGACGCUCUCAUAGCACAUUACCCAAGAAUCUACAAUGACGAUAAGAACACCUAUAUUCGAUACGAACUUGACUAUAUCUUGUAAUUUUAUUGUGUGUCUAAUACACA